AUGCAGAUCAAAGUGCGAACCCUCACUGGCAAGGAGAUCGAGCUUGAUAUCGAGGCUGACUACAAGGUCUCGAGGAUAAAGGAGCGCGUUGAGGAGAAGGAAGGAAUUCCGCCCGCGCAACAACGUCUCAUCUACGGAGGAAAGCAAAUGAACGACGAGAAGACUGCAGCAGACUACCAACUCGAGGGCGGCGCCACACUGCAUCUAGUUCUUGCUCUUCGUGGUGGAAAUUAG